GCUCAAUCCUCGACAUCCCCGUCGACAAAUUCAGUCUGCAAUAACCACCGAACCUUGCUCAAAGAUUUGCGGCCAGUCACUCAGUCAAGAUGGUCAACGUUCCCAAGACCCGCCGCACCUACUGCAAGGGCAAGACCUGCAAGAAGCACACUCAACACAAAGUCACACAAUACAAGGCCGGCAAAGCCUCGCUAUUCGCGCAAGGAAAGCGUCGAUAUGACCGCAAGCAGUCCGGUUACGGUGGUCAAACGAAGCCCGUGUUCCACAAGAAGGCCAAGACAACCAAGAAGGUGGUGCUGAGAUUGGAGUGCACAGUAUGCAAGACCAAGGCACAAUUAUCGUUGAAGCGAUGCAAGCACUUCGAGUUGGGUGGUGACAAGAAGACGAAGGGUGCGGCUCUUGUGUUCUAGACAUGGUGGAGAUUUUGCGGUGCUCCAGUGGGAUGGCGAAAUACGAGGCACAAGUGCGAUCCAAUCUCAAAGAUUCAUCUCGGGAAGUCAGAGAUCACAAUGGAACUCGGUUGAUGGGAAUGAGAUGGUGAAACAACCACCCGGUCCGGCAACAUGUGAAAUACUCGCAUGCAUUUCAAUCUGUCACCUGGGGGUCACGAGAGACUGGCGCUCUGAGCGAGCAGCCUGCAUUCUGAUGACCAGCGUCCGCAAUUGAAUGUUACUGUCCGUCCUGCUUUUGCACAUAUUCGAGUUCAGUUGCUACAUCUGUUUCCAGCCCACAGAUUUGACCUCGUCCCUUUCAGCCCUCCAAUCCUGUCCUCCCAGAGAGUGCGAUUACAGGUGUCUAUAUUCCUUCCAAGGAUAAUCAUGUCGGUGUUGCCAUGAUGUUGGAGCGGUAUCAUGCCCCUCCCAGAGAAGGAAAUCAACGGGAGAAAGGUGUCUCGUUCUUUCGUAGGCGACCACUAAACCUAGACUCUUCAAGGCAGGGCGUCGGGUGACCAAAGAAGGGAGACUUGGGUCCUCCUUUGUCGUCACUCGAACCCCCAACCACAACUAGGAGGCCCGGCCCUUCGAACGGAAAAGUCGGCACAGUGGAAUACGUCCCUCCCAAAUACGAAGCCAGAUGCGACGAGCGUGAUUUUGGUGGUCGCCUGUAAACUUUCCCCCAAGUUGCAAACAAACAUAUUG